AUGGAUCAAGAACAAUUCAAGCAAUUUUUGGAAAUGCAGCAAGCCAUGAUAACAACAUUGUUCAUUCGCGGCCUUAAGGACAACUCUAUUCGUGAACAUCUUUUACAAUCUGAUAUUACAGAGUUCCAGGAAAUCGUAUCUAAGGCAAUGGCUUUAGAAGCUUCCAGGCUUGACUCUAAACUAAUUUCUCUGAAACAUCUUCCUACAUCGACAUCAGACCUACCAGAUAUCAAUAAGAACCACCACUUCCUAGUCAUUGUGGAUGCCAAAUAUAAAUGGGCUGAAGUAGAAGUAUGUUCAUCUGCUCCAACUUCAUCAUCAACCAUAGAGAUGCUUCAGAAUGUAUUCUCACGCUACGGCUUCCCAGACAUAAUGGUAUCGGACAACGCUGCUAUUUUUACUAGCGACACAUUUCACCAGUUCUGCAAAGAAGGAAGAAUUUUUCAGAAAUUUAUAGCACCGGGACAUCCAGCGACCAACAGGUUGGCUGAAAGAAACAUUCAGACCCUCAAAAAUCGACUUUUUACCAUGAUUGAAGAACCUUUCACAAUGAAACAAAAGGUUAGGGUAAUACUCUUCAGAUAUCGAGCUACACCCUUGGCCAGCGGGAAGACACCUUCAGAACUUUUUCUCAACAGACAAAUUAGAAUCAAACUUUAUGCGUUAAAACCACCAAAACAUCAAAAAUCCUCAAUUCGACACACCAAAGCAAGACAGUACAAAGUAGGAGACAGAGUCCAAGCACGGAACUACUCGAACAACAAAAAUCUGUGGAAACCAGGAACCAUCAUUAAGAUGUACGGACUCUUACACUACCUGAUUAAACUAGACAGUGGAUAUAUAUUUAAAAGACACAUCGACCAACUACGACUUACUGAAAUAUCAUUAAAGACUGUCAAAUUUGCUCCCACAGUACAAGAAGAUACUUCGGAAGAACCAGGACCACAUCAUCCAUUUGAAGACCUCAUCACCAUCCCUACUGAACAACCACCGCCACAAAUCAAUGAACAACCUAAUGAACAACCUCAACAUGAGACAGGAAACGAAAGUCCAGUGCUGCGCAGAUCCAACAGAACACAUUGCCAGCUUGAAUAUUUGAAAGACUUUGUCAGGUCUUAA